ACAUCACAAUUUGACUUGAAGGAUGGUUUGGCUCUCAUUUAUACCUGAAUUCAAACAGCCCCAUUGAGAGAUCAUGGCUCAUUCACUAACCCCAGCACCAGUGGCCGCUGCAACGACAUCCAUUGCCAAACCUGAGAAAACAUCACAUAUUCUUUCUUUAGGGCUGCAAGGAGUUCAAACUUCCCUUCAAAUAUCCCAAUCCCAUGAGACGUUGGAUCUUAAAAUUGUCCAUCGCAGGACUGUGAGCCUGGGAUUGGCCGGUGCAGUGCUAGGCUGGAAUGUCAGUGACCGCAGUGCGAAUGCGGCUAGAAAGCCACCACCCCAACCACCAGAGGAGAAGAAGGAUCCCAGUCUGAGUGGUGUUCAGGCAAAGGUGCUAGCUAGUAAGAAGAGGAAGGAAGCUAUGAAACAAGCUAUGGCCAAGCUAAGAGAAAAAGGGAAGCCCCUAAAUGAGCCAUCAGAGUAGAUUGAUGCAUCAAUAUUUUUAUCAAUGUGGCAUAAAUGUACAUGUCUUGAGAGCAAAAAUUAUUCUGUUACCACUGCUACUCAAAUGACAACUACUAUUAUCUCGGCUUUUCGUCCUCUUUUAACCAUUUGCUUUCCAAGCAAAUGGCUUCCAUCAUUUUUACCAACUUGAAGCUUAUAAUACAUUGUGCUCUUGAAU